AAUGGAGGAGCCGAUAGUAACGAAUGAACAUAGUUAUAGUGCAACCAAAGAAAACGAGAUCUUUGAGAUUAAGAGAGAAACGUCUACGGAUUCUGAAGAAGAACUGGACGUAACAAAUUGCUAUCACGAAACUGCUCAACUUCCCCCAACUCCUCCAAGUGAUGAUAGUUCAAUAAUAAAUACGGUGGAAACCAUUCCCAAGUAUUACGGGACGCCAGCUAAACUUACUCACCACAAUAGUCAUCACCAACCAUACAUUCAACCUGUAUUCAUUCCAACAUCCGGAGUAUUGAUUCUUACUGACGAGGAGAAGAGAACUUUAAUUCAAGAAGGAUUUCCUAUACCUACUAAAUUACCAUUGACUAAACAAGAAGAAAAAAAUCUUAAGAAGAUUAGAAGGAAGAUAAAGAAUAAAAUAUCAGCUCAAGAAUCGAGAAGAAAAAAGAAAGAGUAUGUGGAUAAUCUGGAAAAACGUAUGGAGGAUUUCGUUCAGGAGAAUCACGACCUGAAGAGAAAAGUUGAAAGCUUAGAAAACCAUAAUAAGUCUUUACUCCAGCAACUGACAACGUUACAAUCAGUUGUAACAAGCUCAGGUUGUUCUCAGACGGCCGGAACUUGCUUUAUGGUUAUUGUCCUCUGUUUUGCUUUCUUUAUCGGUGGAUUCUCACCUUUGAAAGCGCCAUGGAAUAUUGGAUAUUCUAUUAAUCCUUCAUUUAAAGAAUCUAAACAACCAUUUAUGCCAUCCCCAAAUAUUCGUAUUGAAAUGGGACCAAAGCUUGUUGAUGCAAAGAUUGAUGCUUAUUUAAUUUUUCUGGGUCAAGGUAGGCUUCUCGAGGAAAGAGGACCGCUGCUACCAUCACAUGUUGCAAGAAACGUAAGAGAUCAAUGCCUAGCGCCAUCUAGCUCUCCAAAUGUUCCUAAUACCACUUUUUCGUUAUCAUCAAAUGUGACAAUAGUUUUAUCUUAA